AUGCUGUGCGUGCAGAUGAUGGCUACGGGCAAGGAAGUCGCGACUCUAAAGUUGUCCGAGUAUCCGGAGAUGGCUUGCGUGCGCGCUUUGAAGCGGCACCUGUCGUCUGUGUGCGGAUGUCCCAGGUUUAAGCAGCGGAUACUGAGAGAUGGCACUAUUCUCGCCGACGAUACCAAGCUCGAGGUGCUGGCCGAACAGACCCUGCAGCUUGUGCUUCUGGAGUUCUUGCCGACGACCGAGUCUGAAGUUCAAGAGCUCUUGUCAGCGGCAGCCAACAGCGACCAUGCGAAGUUAGAGGCCCUGCUGCAGAGGCCUCAGGAUCCUGAUUUGGGUGCCGAGCCCCCUCUCCUUGCCUCGUGCCGCGAUGGGCACCUGGAAGUCGUGCGCCUGCUGCUCGAGGCUGAGGCGGAUGUGAACCGCCACGAUCGCCAUCUGUAUACACCCUUGGCGAGAGCGUCUUCGAGCGGACAUGUGGAAGUCGUCGACCUGUUGCUGCAGACAAAGGUUGACAAGAACCAGGCCGGCCGCACCGGCUGGACCCCCUUGUCUUUGGCAUCAGCGGACGGUCAUGCCGAAGUUGUUCGUCAGCUGCUCAAGGCUGGAGUGGACACGAAUGCCGGCAACCGGACCGGGCGAACGCCCUUGGCCUGGGCCUGCAGCCACGGCCACGCAGAGGUUGUCAGAUUGCUGCUGGAGUCCAAGGUCGAGCCUGACCGGCCAAACCUUUCGGGCUGGACCCCGGCGGCUUUCGCUUCAACCCGCGGCCAUGUGGGGGUUCUUCGAUUGCUCUUGGAGGCCAGGGUCCACGCAGACACGGAAGAUGUUUCUGGAAGGACACCACUGCUCUGGGCCUCGACCCAUGGGCAUGCAGAAGUGGUCUGCCUUCUUCUUGAAGCUCGGGCAGACAAGGACAAGGUCAGCCACAAGGGCAAAAGCGCACUGGCAAGGGCUGCACGCAAGGGUCACUCCGAGGUGGUGCGCCAUUUGCUCGACGCCAAGGCUGCCGCGGGUGAUGCUCUCCUUUCUGCUUUGUCCUCCGGCCAUGCGGAAGUGGUGCGGAUGCUCUUGGAUGCCACAUUCUCUGAGUCAUUUGAGCGUGACACAAAGCGGCAGAGGACCUCGCACACCUUGGUUGACUGUAGCGGCUGCACCGGGUCUUGCCGGCAAGCAGCUGUCUGCACCCUCCUCUACGGCGUCUCAGAGUCCGGCAUUGCUGCCUGUUUGCAGGAUGCGCUUUGGCAGGUCUCGAAGCCUGCCUGGGUGUGGUACGCAGAUCUCCGCGUCGUGGCGGUCUGCCUUUUCGUUUUCAUCGUUUUGUCGCUCUUCCAGUGGCGGCGGAGGAUCCAGCAGAGCAGAGCUCUGGAGCUGCCGGCACCUCACGAAGAGGUGCCCAGUUGA